CUUGUCAGUAACCCUAGUGCGGUUUGUAAUAAUUCUAGCAAUCAACCUAUUUUGUGAUAGAUAUGGUCAUGAAAAGAGCAAUCGAAAAAAAUUGGCGAGAUUCUGCUUCACUGAUAGUGCUUGCUAAGCGAAAUGUGGAUGCGUUAUCGAAGAAUGUCACGAAUGCAUGUAACUAUGAUAUCUUGUUGCAGACACGAACGCAUAACGCAUCUUUCUCGAAUAGUGUAGUGUUUCCGGGCGGUGUGACGGAAGAGGCUGACGCCAGCGACCACUGGUUGCCACUUUUCACCAAUUUUGGAUUCACUCAGCGUGAUUUUGAGUCACUGCAUCGUCCUGGCGCGUACACAAAUCUCAUAUUUAAGGAUAUCCCUGUGAGAAGGCACAUUGCAUUAAGAAUUAGUGCUAUACGAGAAACUUUUGAGGAGCUUGGUCUACUUAUUUGUUGUUCAGAUCACAAAAAAAAGAAGUCUGACUCGUGGACUACUGUUCUCUCUAACAUUGAUACACAAUAUUGGCAGAGUAAGGUAAGCAAAAAUCCAACGGAACUUUUUAACUUAUGUAAAGAAUACAAUUGUUACCCCGACAUCUGGUCGCUUCAUUAUUGGAGCAAUUGGUUAAGUCCAGUAACAAUACCAAAGCGUUUUGAUACAGCUUUCUAUGUGGCAGCUGUUAAGGAUAAACCAACAACCAUAAGUAGCAGUAAUGAAGUUGUAAAGGUUGAAUGGGCGAAUCCAUCUGACUUGUUAGAAAGAAACAGCAAGGGUGAAAUAAAGCUACAUCCGCCACAGGCAUAUGAACUUAAUCGCUUAAGCCAUAUUUCUGAUUUAGAUAAAAUAAUAAAUUUUGCUAAAAAUAUUACAAGUCAGGGUAAUGAGCUUAUUUUUCCCAUCCCUACACGGACUAAGGAUGGAUGGGUAUUUCUCUUACCAGGUGAUCAUCUAUACCCUACGAAUGUAGAUUAUAACACUGAGAUAAUCACUAAAGAGAAAACAGCACUAGAACUUCGUGAUACCACUAAAACUUUGCACCGGAUUGAAAUUGUUGGCUCCGAUAGACUAAUUGUUACUCACAAUUAUACACCUAAAAACCAUAUCAAUAUGGGAAAUCAAGUUAAAUCUGUCAACAUUUCAAUUCAUCAAUAA